UCAGUUCAUUCUUUGACAGUCAAUUCGUUUCAGUUCUGUGAACUUUUUGUUCUAUACCUUCAUUUCUCUCAUUCCAUUCCUUACGUACCGCUAGGUCGGUCUUUGCUCAAUUCUAUUCAUCCUAUUAUUCAGGACUCGUCCUCUUCUCAAACCACCUUUCAAGGAAUUUGAACUUGUUGCUUGACUCAACUUUGUUCUUCUCCGUCACCAUGUAUACCAAAGUUACUCUUAUCUCCGCCCUUCUCGCGGUUGCUGAGGCUCGCUUUAGCCAGGAGCAAGUCCCUGUUGCCGGUGUCCAAGCUCUCGGCAGCUUCGGAAAUCCUGGUGAAGCCGCAACUCUCGCAGGCUCUGUCCCUGGCGUGCUGCUUGCCGCCGCUAACCCGUGCGCCAAGCUCACGUUGGCCGACAAGAUCGUGUCGAGUCUAGGAACUGAUGCCUCGGUCAUUGCCGCGGCAAAGAACCUUGUUGCCGCCGAGCAGAACUUCAACCCCUUCGCCGUCAGUGUCCCUAAUAUCUGCGGCGAUGCUACACUCCCCGCCACCGCGGAGCUCCGUGGAAUUGUUCCCCUAGUUGAUCCUGCCGUUACUGGCUCCAAUACCGAGAACACGAACUCGAAGACAUCCCUACAAAAUCCUUUUGACGCUACCGGUCUCAGUGUGGCCGAUGUUAUGAAGGCUCAAGGCUUUUCUAACUUCACCAUUGCUGGCGCUGCCGCGAACGGUAACGCCAACAACAACAACAACAACAACAACAACAAUAACAACGCCGGUGCUGCAAAGUCCACAACUACUACCGCCGCUGCUGCUGCCACUACCGCCGCCACUACAGCCGCCACCAAGACCAAGACUAAGUGUGCUGGUAGCAAGGCUACAACCGCUUCUACUACCACCACUGCUGCCGCCGCCGCUACUUCUGCUGCUUCCAACAACAACAACAAUAACAACUCUGGAAAUGCUUCAAACAGCGGCUCGACCGCUAAAGCUGGUGCCGGUGCGGUCACCAACCCCACCACCGGUAACUUCGCCGGUUUCCAAGCCUCUUCUCUCGGCCUAAACUUCGGAACUUGCACACCCACCGUCAAGUUCGAGGAGUCUCUCAACGGUCGCAAGGCAGGCGAGUUUACCUUCCAGGCCCAGGACCCCGUUGUCAACAAGGGACAGCAGGAAGCCUUGAACCCCAACAUCAUCUUCAACCGCAUCUGCGAUCAGCUCGGCAACGUCUGUGGCGCCGCCGCUGACGCUGUGACUGCUUGCCGAUCCGCCCAAAGCAGCCUCGGUUCCGGCGCUAAGGACGCCACCACUGCCAACGCCUGGAACACUGCUCUAGGCUUCAGUGGUGCUAACAUCAACCCCGACAAUGCUCCCCAGACCGGUCUUGUUGGACACACUUAAAUGAGCUCAUUUGGAUAUGGUGGGAUAGUCGCUAGCGAUCGUGCGCGGCGAGGGGCGUUAAGGAGAUAACGUGUCAUGACGUGUUAAGAACUUAGAUUGUAUUUUAUUCACAUAAAACAAAUAAAUUUCUCAUAAAACAAG